AUGGUGACCAAGUUCUACCAGCAUGUCCUGACUUUGGCAUUUGCCAUAAGUGAGAUCAAUGCAAAUGCAAAUAUCUUGCCAAAUCUUACACUAGGAUUCCACAUUUAUGAUAGCUAUUAUGAUGCACGCAUGACUUACUGGACCACACUGGACCUGCUUUUCAAAUCACACCAAUAUAUCCCCAAUUACAAAUGUGACUCCAGGAGAAAUCUUAUAGCUGUCAUUGGGGGAAUGAGUUUGGAUAUCUCAACCCAUGUGGCAGACUUCUUAAGUCUCUACAAGAUUCCACAGCUUCACCCAGUUCUUCAAUGCAUAGUGUUUAACAACUCUGCUGGAGAAACAGUGUUCUUUAAUGAAAAUAGAGAACUGGUCGCUGGAUUUGAUAUUAUCAAUCUGGUCAUAUUCUCCAACAACUCCUUUGUUAGAGUGAAAGUUGGAGAACUGAAUCCUCAUGUUCUUGAAGAACAAAAAGUCACCAUCCAUGAAAAUAAAAUUAUCUGGCCACAGUAUUAUAAUCAGAUGAUCCCCCUUUCUGUGUGUACAGAUUCCUGUGACCCAGGUUAUCAUAAGAAAAAGGAGGAUGGGAAGAAAUUCUGCUGCUAUGGCUGUGUUCAGUGCCUUGAAGGAAUGAUUUCAAGAUGGAAAGACAUGGGCAAUUGUUUCCACUGUCCAGAAGAUCAGUAUGCAAGCAAGAGUAGAGACAAAUGCUUCCCUAAAGUAAUAACCUUCCUUUCCUACAAAGAGCCAUUAGGGAUUAUUCUGUCCUCAGGAGCCUUUUCCUUUUCUUUCACCACAGUCUUGGUGCUUGGAAUAUUUAUUUCACACCAAAAUACUCCCAUUGUCAAAGCCAACAACCGGGAUCUCACCUACAUUCUCCUCCUCUCUCUCCUCCUCUGCUUCCUUUCUUCUUUGCUAUUCCUUGGAGAACCCAACAAGGUGACCUGCUUUCUCCGUCAAUCUGCUUUUGGCAUCAUCUUCUCAGUAGCUAUUUCUUCUGUGUUGGCCAAAACCAUCAUGGUGGUUGUAGCUUUCAUGACUACCAAACCAGGGUCCAACAUGAGAAGGUGGCUUGGGAGAAGACUUUCUAGCUUCCCCAUUCUUUUAAGCGGCCUUAUCCAAGCAGGCAUUUGUGUUGUGUGGAUGGCAACUUCUCCCCCAUACCCAGAUCUGGAUAUGCAGUCACUACCCAAAGAGAUCAUAGCAAAUUGCAAUGAAGGUUCUAACAUCAUGUUUUACUUUGUCCUGGGCUACAUGGGACUUCUGUCCAUCAUCAGCUUCACUGUGGCUUUCCUCACCAGAAAGUUGCCAGACACUUUCAAUGAAGCCAAAUUCAUUACCUUUAGCAUGUUGAUGUUUUGCAGUGUUUGGAUGACUUUUGUUCCAACCUAUCUGAGCACUAAGGGAAAAUAUAUGGUAACUGUGGAGAUCUUCUGUAUCCUAGUCUCCAGUGCUGGGCUACUUGGCUGCAUCUUUUUCCCAAAAUGCUACAUAAUCAUACUGCGUCCUGAGCUGAACACCAAGGAACAGCUGAUAAAGAGGAAGAAAAUCUGA